AAUCAUCAAAUUCUAUACUGUAUCUCAAUUGGGGAAUCAAUAAGAUUUCAGAUACCAUUGUUUGCUUUUUUGGGUAAAAUUUUUUCAUAAUUAAUUCACAUAAUUGAGUGAGCCCUUGAAUUAAAUUAAAGUAGUGAAGAAAUAAGCAGCCUAGGUUGCACAGAGGCGGAUACGGAUAAGGAUAUGGGUUCGGAUUUGGGUACGGGGACGGAAAAAAGCAAGAUUUUGUAAUUUAAGGAAUGGGUACGCUUAACCAUACAGAAACGUAUCGCCGUAUCUGUAAUGGGUACAGUUACGAGUACGUGAUCUAGAAGAAGUACCCGUGCUACAUAGUGCUUUAAUAUAUAAACUGAAAGCCAAGCUCCGCAAAAGAACACCAAUCAUGUCAAACAGCAAAAAAAACAGAUUCCUGAGUUUUUCUUUGAUGCCAUUUGGUUCAUCUAGAGGUUUAACAAAAAGAAUCAAUAUGAAACAAGGGGAGGAUUGUAUGGGAAGGGGUAAAGGCUUAUUUUUCCGUGGUAGUAAUGUAAAUUUUCUACACAGUGGAAGAUUAGUGCUAGAAGAAAGUAUUUCCUUAUUUCAUGGUAAAACCAACCCCAUUCGUUGUUUUUCAAUUGAUGAACUCAACACCAUGGUUUUGGAUUGCGACUCUCAUGUUUUUUCCGAUGCAUUCUCCAAAUGGUAUAAAGGUAUUUGGGAGGGAAGACCUGUGAUUGUAAGGUUACAUGAUCGUAUCACAGCUUACGGUUGUGGUAUAGAGUGCAUCAUACGUGAAAUUGUCGUUGCCACACAGAUGGGCUCUCAUAAUAGUGUCCAGAAGCUCCUAGGAUGCUGCCUUGAGACAGACUUCCCUGUUAUGGUUUAUGAAUGGGUUGGAACUGAAACACUUGCAGAUCGCAUACUUGGCUAUGGAAACCAACACAGACAACCACUAGAAUGGAAGGCAAGGCUAAGAAUUGCCUGGGAAAUUUCCCAUGCCAUUGCUUAUCUGCACACUGCUUUUCGUAGGCCCAUCAUUCACAAGGACUUGAAACCUGCUAUAGUGUUUCUAGACCAAGACAAUGCUGCCAAAUUGUCUGAUUUUAGUCUUUCUGUUUCUAUUCCGGAGGGUGAAGAGUAUGUGCAAUCUGAUAAAUUAAUAGGAUGUUUUUCUUAUCUCGCACCAGAAUACCGCAUAGAAGGCAGGGUAGCAGGGAGUGCAGAUGUGUACUCUUUUGGUGUGUUAUUUCUUGUGCUCUUGACGGGAAAAGCUGCUGUGUUCUCUCCAACAGCUGAAGGCGAUGACAAGAUGUUGUUAGUUAACUGGGUAACAGAAUGUCUUAAAGGCAAGUGUGUCAGUGAGAUUGUAGACCCAUUGAUCUUUGCAAACAAAGUGAUGAUCAGUGAGCUUCUCCAGCAGCAAUUAAGAGCUUCGAUACAACUUGCACUACAGUGUACAGAAGAAGAAGCAGACAGUCGACCAACAAUGGUGGAUGUUGCGACUGAACUCCACAACCUGCUUAGGUCCUCGUAAACUACCCUCUAACACUGACAGAACAGAGAUCUGGGAAUUUCAGUAAGCAGGAUAUCUGUCAUUAGUAAACAACCAGGUCAAAGUAGUUUACGCAACUUCAAUUUACCUUUCCAAAUUACAGAUCUGAUUUAGACUUAAGAGUAUGAGAAAGUUCAAUUGCCACGUUGCUUUUAGCUGCUCUAGAAAAUCAGAAAGGAAAGCGAACUCUUUGAUGGUGAUGGUAUAUGUCAGUAAUCAGUGACAAAAGCAUUAUGUUCUGUAUUAAUUGGAAUGUAGCCCAUUCUGAGAUUAUUCAAUUUCUACCGCAAAUAGUUACAAAGUCUUAUUUUCAUUCUCACAAAUCUUAUCUGUAAAAUUGUGUCUAUUGUUUAUGUUACGAGAAAAUUUGGGUUGCCUUAUGAUAAGCCUUUCAUUCCUUCUUUUCCAUUCCUGAAAGCCAUUAAUAAAUUUAAUGUACUCUA